UAGGUUACCGUAGCGGUAUUUAGCAACGUGACUCUAGAUGGGCGGUGCAAUUUUGAUAGAAACAAUAUACCGAGCUCAACUCAUAACAUCUUAAAAUGAGCUGUUCUGAUAUGAAGACCAUUACUGUGAUCGGCAGUGGGCUGAUAGGCCGCUCCUGGGCUAUGGUGUUUGUUAGUGGAGGCAUCCGUGUGAAGAUCUAUGACAACCAACCAGGACAGGCUGCCAAGGCCGUCACAGAGAUCAGGAAGCAGCUGGAGGAGCUGGAGGAAGCCCACAUGCUGAGAGGAGAGCUCACAGCCGCACAGCAGCUCGCCCUACUCAGCAGUUACGAUGACCUGGCUCAGGCACUGGAGGGAGCCUUUUUUGUCCAGGAGUGUGUAUUUGAGCAGCUCGAGGUCAAGCAGAGCGUCUUCCAGGAAAUAGAGCGUCUUGUGGGAAAAGACAUCAUCCUGAGCAGCUCGACCUCAUGUCUGGUGCCGAGUAACGUCUUCUCUAAAGUACAGAACAGGAGUCGCUGCCUCGUCUCCCAUCCGGUAAACCCCCCCUACCAUGUCAAACUGGUGGAGCUGGUACCUCACCCAGAGACAGUAACGGCCGUUAUGGACACCACCCAUGCCCUAAUGACCAAGGUCGGCCAGGCGCCAGUCCGUCUAAAGAAAGAGAUCGAUGGCUUUGCCCUCAACAGGGUGCAGGCGGCCAUUAUCGCAGAGUCCUGGAGGCUGGUUGAGGAUGGCAUUAUCUCUGUCAAGGACAUCGACCUGGUGAUGUCAGAGGGGCUAGGAAUGCGUUACGCCUUCAUAGGUCCCAUGGAAACAAUGCACCUCAAUGCACCUAAAGGUUUGGAAGACUAUAUGAAACGGUAUGGAGAGGGCAUAAGGAGGGUCCUGACCUCUUUUGGGCCUGUUCCAGACUUCUUCGGUGAAGGAGCCAAGAGCAUCGUCAGUGAGAUGUGUGAGCUGAUUCCCAGCGACGAGCAGCAUCUGUCGGCCAGGAUAGAGAGGAGGGACCAGCUCCUCAUGGGUCUGGCAAAGCUGAAGAAGGAGCAUUAAGAUCAGCAUGCAAGGCCCAGAGUCAGGAAAACUUCUGAUUAUCACUGCUGACUGAGGAAAAGUAAUCUUUAAACAUUAGAUUAGAGGGUUUUUUUGUUAAGUACACUUCUUUUACUCAUUUGAUAACAAUUUAAAUAAAAUGAAUAAUAAUGUAAUAAUAAUAAUAUUUUAAAUAAUAAUAAUGAUGUGCUGGGAGUGAUAAUAAAAUAUCUUAUUUGUGCCUUAUAAAAUAACUGUGGCUUGCUAACCAGCAGGGAUUCAAUUUAAAACAGUUUUAUCUUUCUGUGUGCAUUUUGAUCUCAACACUGAUCUUGUAGCAAUUAAGGGACUUAAUUAACAGCAACCAUCUGAGUCGGUGCUCCAUGGCAUGUAACGAUCUGCUGUGUAAAUGAAUUCUGUGAAAAAAAUUUGAAAUGAUGUUUUGAUUAAUAAAAAACAAUGCAAUUAUACAUUUA